CUCUCUACUUUAGGAGUAUACUUCCAAAGCGCCGAACCAGAGGCAGGCACCUCGAUCGCCGACGGCUCCAGUCAAGGGGCUGGUUGGCAAUUAGCAUGGAGGGCGAGAAGAAGGCGGCCGCCGUAGCGGAGGAUGAGGUUGUGGUUGUGGCUGCUGGCGAUGUGAGCCUGAAGGACCUGUCAAAGAAGCUCAACGACUUCGCCAGGGAGAGGGACUGGGAGCAGUUCCAUAGCCCCAGGAACCUACUGCUCGCCAUGAUCGCCGAAGUCGGGGAGCUGUCAGAGCUGUUCAUGUGGAGAGGGGAGGUGCGGAAGGGCCUCGUGGGCUGGGACGAGGCCGAGAAGGAGCACCUGGGCGAGGAGCUCUCCGACGUGCUGCUCUACCUGGUCCAACUCUCCGACAUGUGCGGCGUCGACCUCGGCGACGCCGCCGUCAGGAAGAUCGCCAAGAACGCCGUCAAGUACCCGGCGCCGCGGCCGUCGAAGAAGGAAGAAGAAGAAGGCGCCUGAUAGCUUUUUUUUUUUCUUCUGCUGUGCAUGUUUGAAGGCCAAUACUACUUGAUGCAGAAAUUGCUCGUCUGAUAGCUUUUGCCUUUUGAAACUGGACCCGCCGGGUAGCUUUUCUCUUGAACUUGCUAUGUCCGAAAUUGGAUCUACUUAUUAUGAAUGAGCAGAGGAAAAAUAACCGAA